GCCCCCUUUUUCCGCUUUCCUCAGUUGGUAGCGCCCGCUUUCCAGGAAGCGGCGCCUGCGACGUCCCCAUUGGUGCGAGGCGGGCGGAGGGCGGCGGGACGGAAUGCUCAGUUCCGGACGAGACCAUUAAGGCCGGCAAAGGGAGGGAGACGUUGUUGAGCGCUGCUUGCUGCUGCUGCGGAGUUCUUCCUUGCAAUGGCCCAGACGCCGAAGCUGAUCUUGCUCUUCAGCGGGAAGAGAAAGUCGGGCAAGGACUUCGUGGCCGAGGAAAUCCAGAGCCAGUAAGCAGCCCCGCGGGGAUUGCACAAGAGCGGGCGGGAGGAAGCGUUCUGCCCCCCCCCCCCCCGUGCAUGAUGGCGGGUGGCGGGGUGGGUGGGAUGCAGGCGAAAGACCACCCACCGCUCCACGUGCGCGCGGGAUCCGGCGGGGAGAGACCUUCCCAAACCUGUAUUUCCCCCCAUUUUUCAAUUUUCAAGCCUUUUCUAGGGGUGGUGGCAAGACUUCUCUCAAUCUCGUGUCCGCAGCGAACGUCUGAACCCGGAGCGCACGCGAGAUCGGCCCCGACCUCCCCUCUCCCCGUGCUUAGGAGGGGAAAGAAGCGACACCCCACGGUCCCCCCAUUUUUUAAUUUUCAAGCCUUUUUUUUGGAGUGGUGGUGGCAAGACUUCUCUCAAUCCCGUUCCCGUGUCCGCAGCGAACGUCUGAAGCGGGAGCGCACGCGAGAUCGGCCCCGACCUCCCCUCUCCCCGUGCUUAGAAGGGGAAAGAAGCGACACCCCACGGUCCCCCCAUUUUUUAAUUUUCAAGCCUUUUUUUGGAGUGGUGGUGGCAAGACUUCUCUCAGUCCCGUUCCCGUGUCCACAGCGAACGUCUGAAGCGGGAGCGCACGCGAGAUCGGCCCCGACCUCCCCUCUCCCCGUGGUUAGGAGGGGAAAGAAGCGACACCCCACGGCUUAGGGAUGGGGAGCAAGGCGGUCUUCCGUGUUUCCUCCUUUUGUUUCCUUCCUCCCCCUUCACACGUGACGCAACACGCGACGGGGCUGGGAGAAGGUUGCGGGGAAGUGUAGAAAAGUUGGCAUGGCAGCUGGAAGGAGCCCACCUUGCAGGGGUGUGGGGAAGAGGGAAAGCCACGAGUUGCAGGAGUUUAAUCCAACGUUAGUCCUUAAGGUAAAGGCCGAGGGCCUUCUGGUGGUUCCCCCAUUGCGAGAAGUGAGGUUACAGGGAACCAGGCAGAGGGCCUUCUUGGUAGUGGCGCCCACCCUGUGGAACCCCCUCCCUUCAGAUGUGAAGGAAAUAAGCAGUUAUCCUAUCUUUAAAAGACAUCUGAAGCCAGCCCUGUUUAGGGAAGUUUUUAAUAUCUAAUGCUGUAUUGUUUUUAACAUUUGAUUGGGAGCCACCCAGAGUGGUUGGGGAAACUCAGCCAGAUGGGCGUGGUAUAAAUAAUAAAUUAUUAUUAUAAAGGGAUCCCUGACUGUUAGGUCCAGUCAUGGAUGACUCUUGGGUUGCGGCGACGUUCACCUCGCUUUAUUGGCUGAGGGAGCCGGCGUACAGCUUCCGGGUCAUGUGGCCAGCAUGACUAAGCCGCUUCUGGCAAACCAGAGCAGCGCACGGAAAUGCCGUUUACCUUCCCGCCGAAGUGGUACCUAUUUAUCUACUUGCACUUUGAGGUGCUUUCGAACUGCUAGGUUGGCAGGAGCAGGGACCGAGCAACGGGAGCUCACCCCGUCACGGGGAUUCGAACCGCCGACCUUCUGAUCGGCAAGUCCUAGGCUCUGUGGGAAAGCAGGCAAGAUCCACAGUCUGCCAAGCCCUUCCCUGGAGGGAGGUGAUGUUCUCAAACUUUGCAGCGCAUCUGAUGGGAAGAGACUAGGCCUUGUUUAAGCCAAGGCAGUGCUUAUAAGAAGAGCCUGGCUGCUGGGAUCAGGCCAGUGGUCCAGCAUCGUGUUCUCACAGUGGGUGACUGUCCCCAUGGAGAUGUUGAGAUUCGAACCUGGGACCUUUAGCAUGCAAAACAGACUCUCUGCCACUGAGCUAUAGCCUAGAGGUCAGCAAACGUUUUCAGCAGGGGUCCAGUCCACUGUCCCUCAGACCUUGUGGGGGGCUGGACUAUAUUUUGAAAAAAAAAAAAUGAACGAAUUCCUAUGCCCCACAAAUAACCCAGAGAUGCAUUUUAAAUAAAAGCACACAUUCUACUCAUGUAAAAACACACUGAUUCCCGGACUGUCUGUGGGCCAGAUUUAGAAGGUGAUUGGGCCGGAUCCAGCCCCCAGGCCUUAGUUUGCCUACCUACCCAUAGCCCUUCUCCCCUAAAGGGUCCUUGAGGACGGAAACUUCUGCCAUGUUUGGAUCUGCUUCAUUUAAAUUUUUUCUCCCCUGACAGGUUGGGCCCUGAUGUUUGCACUAUCCUGCGGCUGUCAGAACCCCUCAAAGAGCAGUAUGCCAAGGUAGGUUGUGGCUCCCUCAAUUUGUACCCCUUUAUCUUUCUUUUUAUAUGCAUAAUAGCAUCCUUGCCAAGUUAGGCCGAGAGUUGGAAAAAAGAAGGGCGACCAAAUAGAUCGAGGGGGGUUGCGCGACUCCCCUGUGAGAGAAGGUUGCAGCAGCAUUCGGGGAAUUUCUAUUUCAGAGAAAAAGGCAGAUGAGAGGGGACACGAUGGGAGUUUAUAAAAUCACGUGUGUCUCGGAGAGUUGUACUUCUCCCUCUCCGGUAAUACCGGAACUCACUGAAGCUCAGCAAAGCUGAAUGCUGGAAGAUUGCUGACAAAUAAAAGAUAAACAAACAGUGGAACUGUGGAACUCCCUGCCACAAGAGGCAGUGAUGGGCCCCAAACUGGGUGGCUUUAAAAGAGGGCUGGGCAAAAUUCCUGGAGCAGAGGGCUAUCAAUGGUUAUUAGUCCUGAUGACUAUGCUCUGCGUACACAGCAAUGCUUCCGUUUACCAGUUGCUGGCAAUCGCAGGAGGGGAGAAAGUUUCUCUUGUGCUUGGGUUCUGUCCCUGGGCUUCCCAUUGAGUCAACUGGUUGGCCACUGUCAGAACAGGAAGCUGGAAUGGAUGGGCCUUUGGAUAGCUUUCUAGGAUAGCUUUGCUGACAGCCUCGGAUAGAUUCCCUCUCCUCUGUCUCUUCUCCUCAUAAUAAUAAUAAUAAUAAUAUUAAUAAUAAUAAUAAUACAGCGGUACCUCAGGUUACAGGCGCUUCAGGUUACAGGUGCUUCAGGUUACAGACUCCGCUAACCCAGAAAUAGUACCUCAGAUUAAGAACUUUACUUCAGGAUGAGAACAGAAAUCGCACGGCAGCGGCAGCAGGAGGCCCCAUUAGCUAACGUGGUACCUCAGGUUAAGAACAGAUUCAGGUUAAGAACGGGCCUCCGGAACGAAUUAAGUUCUUAACCCGAGGUACCACUGUAAUAAAUAAUAAUAAUAAAUUUCUUUAUACCCCGGCCAGAGCUGGCCUCAGGGCAGCUAACACCAGUAAAAUUACAGUAAAAUCAUAAUGGGGGGGAAAAACAAUUUAGAAUACAUGUUAAAAUGCAAUUUAAAAUGCAGCCUCAUUUUAAAAGUAGGCCAUAGAUCAAAACCAUAAGGGGAGGGAAACAUAAGGGUCAGACUGAGUCCAAACCAAAGGCCAGGCGGAACAGCUCUGUCUUGCAGGCCCUGCGGAAAGAUGUCAGGUCCCGCAGGGCCCUAGUCUCUUGUGACAGAGCGUUCCACCAAGUCGGGGCCAGUUCUGAAAAGGCCCUGGCCCUAGUUGAGACCAAUCUAACCACCUUGCGACUUAUGGACCUUAAGGUCCUCCGUGGGACAUACCAGGAGAGGCGGUCCCGUAGGUACGAGGGUCCUAGGCCACAUAGGGCUUUAAAGGUAAAAACCAGCACCUUAAACCUGACCCUGUACUCCACCGGGAGCCAGUGCAGCUGGUACAGCACUGGAUGAAUGUGAUCCCGCAGUAAGGAGCCUCACCACGGCAUUCUGCACCCGCUGGAGUUUCUGGGUCAGCUUCAAGGGCAGCCCCGCGUAGAGCGAGUUACAAUAAUCAAGCCUGGAGUUGUGGGGGAUGAAUGAAUUCCUGUGGCCCACAAAUGACCCAGAGAUGCAUUUUAAAUAAAAGCACACAUGCUACUCAUGUAAAAACACACUGAUUCCCAGACCGUCCGUGGGCUGGAUUUAGAAGGCGAUUGGGCCGGAUCCGGCCCCUGGGCCUUAGUUUGCCUACCCAUGCUGAAGAGGGAACAAGGCUUAGUGAGCAGGGAGGAGCCUAUGGCAGAGAGAGACCCAGAAUCAGAGACAGAAGUGGAGGCUGGAGAGGACGGGGGGGGGGGAGCUUCUGAAGACACCAGGGAGUCUCCCCCUCCUGCUGCGGCCAGACACGCUGAGGUGUCUCAGAUUGCUUGGGGAGGACUCAGUUGUGGGAAGGCAGGGCCCUUCAAUCCUCACAACUGCCUCAUUGGGGCAAGCAAGACCUGCUGAUAAUAAUAAUAAUAUAAUCUAUUAUACCCCACCCAUCUGGCUGUGUUUUUUCGCCAGCCACUAAACGGAGCUGCCUUCAGGCAUCUUCUAAAAGUCAGAUAGUUGUUUAUUUCCUUGACGUCUGAUGGGAGGGCGUUCCACAGGGUGGGCGCCACCACCGAGAAGGCCCUCUGCCUGGUUCCCUGUAACUUGGCUUCUCGCAGUGAGGGAACCGCCAGAAGGCCCUUGGAGCUGGAUCCAGGCUGAACGAUGGGGGUGGAGACGCUCCUUCAGGUAUACUGAGCCGAGGCCGUUUAGGGCUUUCAAGGUCAGCACCAACACUUUGAAUUGUGCUCGGAAACGUACUGGGAGCCAAUGCAGGUCUUUCGGGACCGGUGUUAUAUGGUCUCUUUGUAUAAACAGUUAACUUCACUGACAUCAGGUGGUUUAUUGGUUCAUCGCUGGCAUACACCUGACUCCAGCUCCUGACAGUAUUUCACGAAGAAGUGAGUCCCACAAGUUACUUAGGAGUAGACUCUUGGAUUGGUCUCGUUCGCCAAUCGUUUUCAUCCCGGAGCUUUGAUAACUGGUUCACCUUUCUGGCCUCCCCUAUAGGAGCACGGCUUGGACUUCCAGCGCCUCUUGGACUCCAGCUCUUAUAAGGAGACGUAUCGGCAGGACAUGAUCCGAUGGGGAGAGGAGCGGCGCCAGACCGACCCGGGAUUCUUUUGCCGCAUUGUGGUCGAGGGCGUUACACAGCCCAUCUGGGUAAGGCUGAGCGGUGGCAAAUUGCUGGUGGCAGGGAUUGAUUCGAACCCAGGUCCCCGGAUGUUAACCCGCCAGUCUUCCCACGCAGAUAGUGAGUGACACGAGGCGAAUCUCGGACGUGGAGUGGUUCCAGGACGUGUAUGGGGAUCUGGUGAAAGUGGUGCGUGUCGUAGCCACGGAGGAGACGCGAAAGAGACGGGCCUGGGUGUUCGUAAUGGGUGAGUGAGCCACAGGCAAGGCAGCCUCUUGUUUCUCUGCUCAUUGCCCAAUGCAGCGCUUGGUGUGCAAUUAGGCUUUUAAAAUUCAGUGCAAAACAAAAACCCACAUUUAAUCAUUUGACAGUUCUUUGCAGUAAUGAGAAAAAAGCCCUGCUGCAAUAAAAAUAAUAGUUCAGAGCAUAAUAUUUUCUGCAAGAAAAUUACUGAACCUAAAAUGGCAACCUUUCCCCCCUAUAUACAUGGAAUGGCAAAGUUGUCGUCACGCAGCCCCCAUUGGAGGGCUUGUAGUGCCUCAUCACAGUCCUGGAUUUGCAUGAAGAAACAGGGUUAGGAAGGUGAGAAGCGAGCUUAGUAAGUUCAUGGGUUCCCAGCUUGGGUCGUUGGACUACAACUCCCAUCAUCCCUGACCACUGGUCCUGCUAACUAAGGAUGAUGGAAGUUGUAGUCAAACAAGAGCUGAGGGCACAAACUUGAGAAACACUGCUCUGGGGGGUUAACCCUGGAGAGAUGCAGCAACAUAGUGUAGACAAAACUGGACGAGACUGGAACCAACGAGGUUGACCUGCUAUAAAGGAGCUUUCUGCACCCCUAAGGACUGUUCUUCCUAUAUAUAUUAGGUGAGCAAUCAAGUCAAAACUAAUCCGCUUUGACGAUGCUUCUGAACACCAGGUGCUGGAAACCCAACGAGGGGACUGGUGCUCCAGUCCUGCUUGUCUGGGCUUUCCGUAGGCAUGGAAUUAUAGAAUUGUAGAGUUGGAAGGGACCCAAGGGUCAUCUAGUCCAACCCCCUUCAAGGCAGGAAUAUUUCCAAGACCUUAUUUGGAAAAUGAAUACAACCCAGGUGGUUAAGAAAGCCCAACAGAGACUCCAUCUCCUCAGAGUAUUGCGGAAGAAGGAUGUCAAUCAACAUCUGAUGAUCUUCUACCGGUCAACAGUAGAAAGUGUCCUUUCCUACUGCAUCACGGUGUGGUACGCUGGUUUGAUAUCAUCUGGUAGGAAGUGCCUACAGAGGGUGGUGUGGGACGCGGGUGGCGCUGUGGGUUAAACCACAAAGCCUAGGACUUGCCGAUCAGAAGAUCGACGGUUCGAAUCCCCACGACGGGGUGAGCUCCCGUUGCUCGGUCCCUGCUCCUGCCAACCUAGCAGUUCGAAAGCACGUCAAAGUGCAAGUAGAUAAAUAGGUACCACUCCAGUGGGAAGGUAAACGGCUUUUCCGUGCGCUGCUCUGGUUUUGCCAGAAGCGGCUUAGUCAUGCUGACCGCAUGACCCGGAAGCUGUACGCCGGCUCCCUCGGCCAAUAAAGCGAGAUGAGCGCCACAACCCCAGAGUCGGCCGCGACUGGACCUAAUGGUCAGGGGUCCCUUUACCUUUACAGAGGGUGGUGAAUAUAGCACAAGAUAUUAUGGGCUGUCCCGUGAAUCCGCUGGAUGAAAUAGCGGAAGAACGUUGCCUCAGGAGAGCGAGGAAAAUUCUCAAGGAUGAUUCACACCCUGGCUGGCACUUUCUUGAUCUCUUGCCCUCAGGGAGAAGAUAUAGAAGCCUGAUUAGCUGCCCUAACAGGGUAAAGAACAGCUUAUGUUGUGGGCUGUUAGGCUGCUGAAUGAAAAGAUAACAACAGGGCAAUUGACUUUCAGGUUUGGUGUGUGUGUGUGUCAGUAAACGAGGGGAAUUAUGACUAAGAGAGCUGAGUGGCGGGCGCUCAAGUAAUCUCACUGUAUACAAGUUGCACAAGUGACAAUAAAGUAUUUCAAUUCAGCUGUCCCAUACGGGGAUCGCGCCUGCAACCGUGGCGCUAUCAGCACCACACUCUCACCAGCGGAGCUAUCCUGGCAUCUCUGGUCAGGAUGGUGGCCUUAUCCUGCCAUUCCUAUGUCCUAUCCACUCUUCCCCACCACCUGAAUUUGGGAAUCUUGUGUCAAUAAUGAUAGUAAUUUUAUUAUUCAUAUGCUGCCCAUAUGACUGGGUUGCCCCAGACACUCUGGGCGGUUUCCAGCAAAAUAUAACCCCCACUACAAAACAUCUAACAUUAAAAUUUUCCCUAUACAGUCGUACCUUGGUUUUCGAAUAGCUUAGUUCCUGAACGUUUUGGCUCCUGAAUGUCGCAAACCCGGAAGUGACUGUUCCAGUUUGCGAACUACUAUUUUUGGGAGCCGAAUGUCCAACAGGGUUUCCGCAGCUUCUGAUUGGCUUCAGGCGCGAUUUGGUGUUUGAAAGUGUUUUGGAAGUCGAACGGACUUCCGGAACGGAUUCUGUUCGACUUCCAAGGUAUGACUGUACAGGGCUGCCUUCAGAUGUCUUCUAAAAGUCAAAGAGUCUCCUUCAGACACUCCUUUAGAUAUAAAAGACUAGUGAGGUAAGGUGAGAAUAUUCUCUGCUAGAAAAUUCUCUGGAGAAUAUUCUCCACAAACUGUAAAUUCUAAUGUAAGAACCAGUUUUACAAACCUUAAAAAUCUAGUAAAUAAUAAGUCAAGCUGUGAUAUUGCCAGUGUAAGUAAUGAAUAAUGAUUUUUAUUUUUUUAAUCCACUUACAUUACAUUGUGCCAUUCACCAUUGGCAGUUCUGAAAUGUGAGCUACAGAAAACAUUUUUAUGUUUAGUUUUAGUUUUAAAAAUGCUAUUCAUUUAAUUUAAUGAACAUUUGAAUUUGUUUGUAUUUCAACUAUAUGUAAUAGCCUUUUUUUCUGUCUUGGUGUGACCUUAUUCUUAGCAAUUCUAUACCUUUGGCCAUACAGUGUGAUUUUGUUUUUACAGAAAGUAGCUUUAAUGCUUUAUACACUUAAAGUACCUAGGCCUAUAGAAUUAUGUGUAACAGCAUGUGAGAUGGCCUUGAUUUAAACAGUUGACGUUUCUAUAUUUUUAUUUAGUGCCAGUAACUGGUUUUUGCGGUGCCAUUCUAUGGUACCAGGUGCCAUUUACCAGAGAUUCACAUACUGAAAUAUAUUAUCAUAUAAUGAUAAUAUAUUUAAUGUUAAUGGCUUCUUUUUUAUAUGUAUGCCUAUAGUUUUGUUUUUCAAGCUGUGUUUUAGUCACCAAAUCAGUCAUUAAGUGUUAGCGCUAUUAGAAGCACAAUAAUAAUAAUAAUAAUAAUAAUAAUAAUAAUAAUAAUAAUUUAUUAUUUGUACCCCGCCCAUCUGGCUGGGCUUCCCCAGCCACUCUGGGCGGCUUCCAUAGAAACAAAAAAUACAGUAAAAUAUCACAGAUUAAAAGCUUCCCUGAACAGGGCUGCCUUAAGAUGCCUUCUAAAUGUCAGGUAGUUAUUUAUCGCUUUGACAUCUGAUCGGAGGGCGUUCCACAGGGCGGGUGCCACUACCGAGAAGGCCCUCUGCCUGGUUCCCUGUAGCUUUGCUUCUCGCAAUGAGGGAAGAUAGCCUAUUACUGAAUUUACUUGUAUCAAACCUUAACAUGCCAAUCUUAUUUUUUGACUUGUCCUAUAACAUGUACAUUCUCCUAUUUUAAAUGAAAAUUCUCUAAUAUUCUCAUUAAUUGAGAAUAUUCUUGAGAAUAUUUUCCGCAAGAUUGCAGUGGUACCUCUGGAUGCGAACGGGAUCCAUUUGCAUCCUGAAGUGAACGCAACCCGUGUUGCCGCUUCCGCGCAUGCGCGUGCUGUCGUUUUGAGCGUCUGCGCAUGCGCGAGUGGCAAAACCCAGAAGUAAUGCGCUCCGUUACUUCCGGGUCACCGCGGAGCACAACCCGAAAAUAUUUAAGCUGAAGCGUAUUCAUCCCGAGGUAUGACUGUAUUCUUGAGAAUCUUAACAUAACUAUACAGCAAGGAUGUCCAACAGGUCGAUCGCGAUCUACUGGCAGAUCCCCGGAAGGUGGGUAGAUUGUGGUUGAUCUCUGGCUCCCUUUCCUUGGCAUCGCUAAAACUUCCUCCUGCCUUGCCCUGCCCUCCAUUGUUGUUUGAUCUCUGGAAGGGAAGAUGGAGCUUUUUCUGUGCUGCUGGUUUCAUCCAUAGCGAUAUUUUUGUGAGUGACUUUACCCCUUUGUCCCUUGCCUUUAGCCCCCCCCCCCCAUGGAAUUUUGCCCCCCAAAGCUUUUUUAAAACCCCUAAAAAACAGGGCUUUCCUCCUCUCUAAAAAAAAAGCCCAACAACUUUGAACCCCCCAAAAACAGGGGUAGAGCAUUGCCAGUUUUUAAAAGUAGAUCGCAGUUUCUUGAGAGUUGGCCACCCCUGCUAUACGGGACCGAGACCAUUUAGCACCAGCAAGUCAAAUGUGAGGCAUUCCCAAAGUAAAGGAAGGAUUGAACUCUGAUUAAUAAGAAUACACACAGAGGCUUGAACCAGCAAGACUAUGGGAAGGGUGCGUAUAAUAAAUAAUCUCUCUGUCUCCAGCCCCUGGCCCAGGUCGUUUUAUUCACAAAAGAGCUUUUUACAGAGUGUUCAUAAGAACCAAUCAGAUUUAUUCUGAGCAUUUCCACAAACCCCAUGUGGGCACAAAGUUAAACUACAAACACUAGUUAAGCAUGCAUACUUUUGGGGUAAAUGAAUGAAAACUACAAAGGAGUGUAUUCAGCAACCCCGGAGGUCAUAAACAAUCAAUACACAUGAUAAGAAGGAUGCCCAGGAGGACAGCGAUCAUUAUCACCUUCAUGUGAAACCUUUUUCCUGGCCCUAAGAUUAACAUCCUAAGAUUAACAUAUCAGAAAAGCUACAGCAAAGAAACUGCCCUGUCUUUGAUGACCCAGGACGCCUGCCUGUCUGUGUACGUGCCUGGUCAAGAAAGAGAAAUGGAACAGGGAUGCAGAGGUGUGGGUUGAUCAAGAAUCAUAUCAAAAUAGUUUAAACCCAGUCAACGCAAUGCUUUCAUUGCUGACACAGACGGCUUACUCUAUAUUUGUUAUAAUUCCUCGUGGCAAUCCCACCUGAUCACUACAAAAUGGCCAACUUUUGCCUGUCUUCUCCACCCCAGGGAUUGACGACGCGGAAUCCGAAUGUGGCCUGGAUCAGGGCGUGCCUUAUGACUGGGUCAUCACCAACGACGGAGACCAGCUUUCCCUGGACGCUCAACUGGAGAAACUGCUUCAGUUUAUCCACAGCAAGCUGUAGCGCAACCCAGGGCCCUUGUGUUAUCUCCACCUCCUUCUCUUUCUCUCUCUCUCUCUGUCUCCCUCCACCCCACCCUCCAUUCCUUCGGGACCUGGGAUGGGGUUUGGCUGCGUCACCAAAGAAAGAGAAUCUGGAGAAUGCCGCCGUAGCCACCGGGCUGCGGUCAGGUGCGCCUCAAGGCAAGGCAUUUCUGGGUGGGGUUGUUUUUUUUUGACACCCACCCCACCCUUCUCUUCCUUUCAUUUUGGAGAGUCCAUUCCAGCGAGUGCCAUAAUCCAGUGCCAGUUCUUCCCUCCCCGGGACUCCAUUCCAGGCAGGGUGUGCAUCUCCAUCCUGGCCGGCUGCUCGCUUGUGUGUCAUUUCCGCGGGCUGUUCUUUUGCACUCGUACCUGGCACUGGCGCCUUCCCCACCUAGCAUCAGGUGGGGGCUGAUGUUUGCAGGAAAUGUAUGUUUGUGCUGUGGGGAGUGGGCGGUUUUUGGUCCGUUUCGGGUUUUCCUUCCUCCUUCCCAUCUUGGGUCGCAGUUUUAGACUUUUACAGCUUUCGGCCACCAGGGGGCAGAAUAACCUCAAGAUUAACACUUCUACGGCUCUGUUUCCCCGGACAAAUCUUAUUUCGUAACCCUUGCCUAGCUCUGUGCCUGUCAAUCAUCCUGUCCACCUGAAUCCGGCUGGAUAGGGUCCCCUCGGCGGGUCGAAUUAUAUGCAUGUUAUUUUCAGGGGGCAUUUUCUAGUCCUGUUCCUUGUCCCAGAUUCAAGCUGAUUUUUAUCUGAGACAGGAACGCUUUGGAGUGAUACUUUUAGCUGCUUCUGCUAAUGACUGACCACACACACUUUCCCUAAGGUGGGGGGAAUCGCUGUGCCUUAUUCUUAAAAGUGCUGACCUCCUCCUGUUCUCCUCGCUUGCCCGGCUCCCCAACCGAAUCCUUAAUUUGGAAACCAUCUCACCAACUUCUUCCCUGACCAAGGCUCCUGUGCCUUUUCCUUGCUGUGUGAUGGGAAAGAGGCGGGGGACAGAAAUUCAACAGGUGGGGAUCAAACCGGAGUGGGAGAGCUGAGCCUGUUGGAUUAAUCCCCAGAACAUAAACGACACAGGGCUUUUUUACUCGGAUGGGAACGUUGUUCGGCAAGUACUGAAGGACACAGGAGCCAUGAUGGGGAAAGUAGUUGGCAACGCGACCAAAAUGGGUUCUAAGCUGAGAAAUUGCAGGACAGGCUUUUGCUGCUGAAGAGGAGGGGGGGCAACCAAACUGUGUGGGAAUUGAGUGUUGAGUGCUUGGGCUGGGGUGAGAUAGUCACGUGGGCUGGUGUUGGGAGCAAAAUUUGGGACAGGGUGAAGGUUUGCUAUUGAUGCAACCUGAUUUGCCCCCGGGCUACAGAAUACCUAGCAUAUUCCCUGGCCAUGUUUGUACAUCAUGCCAAACCACGGUUUAGUGUCACGCGAAUGAGCCUAGUCCCCUCUAGGGGUCAUGCGUUUCCCCUCUCCUUAUCCUCUCACACAGCCAGAAAAGGAGGAUUCCAGAAGAUUCCAAUUCCCCUUAAACUUGCCAUGUCCAAUCCCAGUUUCACCAUAGCAAGGGCUCGUUUCAGCAAGGCAGCUUCAGGAAACCAUGGUUUGCAUUUGGCAUCUUUUGACACAGACCAUAGUCGAGCCGUGAUGCUCAUUCAGAUGCAAGCUUGCAACAGCUUCUGACACUGUCCUGGCUGAGCAGGAGGCUGAGGGUCGUGGGAGAGGCGAUCCGGCUCGAAUACGCUGCACUAAACCGUGGUUUGAGUGUAACGUGCAAACACAGCCCAGGUACACGGGACAAGGUCCUCUCUCUGCUCCUUUCAGCACACCUGACUUCCUUCCCCGCACCGCAAACUGGAUGUGCGGCUGUAUAAUCUCUUGCUAAUGCCACUCACUGCUCAACCAAAUGCCCAUCUCCUCUCUUCCCCUCUGGAGAGGAAGAAGAUUGUUGUACUCAAAAUAAAGCUUUGGAUUGGUUACAGUUUCCGGCUCUCGUCUGUCUAGAAUAGUCCAGUUUCCGUCAGGUGGGUCUGAGUCUCGUUUGCUCAGGUGCAGAACGUGGAGUCGGUCAGGAUAGUUCUUGCACAGGGCUCAGCCAAACUCAAGGUUUCCUCCAUUUGAGGUUGCUGGCCUUUACAUCGCCCGUCACCCCUGACCACUGGCCUGCCUGGCUGGGGCUGAUUUGAGGCUGUUGUUUUUCCCCUAGCUAUCUGUGAAGCGAAUGAAUGAAUUUUAUUAUUACGGUCACAGACCAGUUCCGGCUCACUUACAAUAUCAGGAAAAUCAUAAAACACAACAGGAAUACAUUGAAUGGCAAUUGGGUAUAACAGAGACAAUAUAGAUAUAGCGGCAGUUUAAAAUAUAUAUUAAAUCUUGAUCACUAAAAUAGAACCUAAAAUUGUCAUUUAAAUCCUUAAUCAUUUUGGUAGUACAGCUUGUUCCCUAAGUUUUAUGGCAGUUGCACAGAAUUUGGCCACCUUUUGUGUGAUCUUUAGAUCCUUGUCCUCUACCAGGAAUUUUAGACUGACUGACUGUCUGUCUACAGGUUAUCUAUCUAUCUAUCAUCUAUCUAUUGCAUUUGUAUUUUUUCUUCAGGUUACUCAUGGUUUUCCCCCUCCACAACCCUGUGAGGUAGGUUAGACUGAAAAGUACAGUGGUACCUCAGGUUAAGUACUUCAUUCGUUCCGGAGGUCCGUUCUUAACCUGAAACUGUUCUUAACCUGAAGCACCACUUUAGCUAAUGGGGCCUCCCGCUGCUGCCGCACCGCCGGAGCACAAUUUCUGUUCUUAUCCUGAAGCAAAGUUCUUAACCCGAGGUACUAUUUCCGGGUUAGCGGAGUCUGUAACCUGAAGCGUAUGUAACCUGAGGUACCACUGUAGUGCCUUGCUUGCUUAAUGGCCAAGUAGGGGUCUGAACCCUGGUCUCUCCUGGUUCCUAGUCCAACCCCCUAACCACAGCACCACCACUGCCUCUCAUCAAAGACAGCAAGCUUUGGAAACUAGCCAUUUCAGAUUAACAGCACUGCAUUUAUUUCCACUGGAAAAAGGGGAAGCAUGGGUAUGAAUUGGGGACCUCGUGAUCUGCAGUCAAAUGCUCUACUAUCGGAAGGCUGUCGAUUGCCUACUUUUUGUUGGCAUCCAUGUCUCGAGAGACAAUGGAGUACGCUUCCAGGGGUGAAGGCAAACCGCUGGAGAAUCGCACUGCCUGCUGUGGCUGCAGAGACCGGUAACUUGCUGCCUUUGUGGUGUUUUUGCUGUGUUAGCAACACCCAAGUGACCUCUCCAGGGCGCAAGCCUGGGCAGUGUGUCUGGAGGUCCUGGGCUGCCCAGAUAACAAAGACUGCUCAUGUCCUUGCUAAUGUGGUCCAAAGGGAAGCAGAGCUAUAAGUGAGGUUUGGGCAUCAAAUGUACGAAUUCAUCAUCCAGAUGAAUUCAAGUUACGGAUGCGUUAACACGUUGCAUUCCGUUUACCUUUUUUUUAGAAAAAAAAUUAAGGGUUAAUGUAUGUUCGAGCAGAGUCUUAAAACUGCCCCGAGAAGCAGGGAUGUAAACCUAAACAAACAAUUCCUUCCAUAGAAAAAGCUCCUAAUAGCAGAGCCAGUGCAGAUGCGAUGCAAGGAAUUCUGAUCGGAUCUCCCCUCCUUUAUAAAGUAGCCAUAGAGGGAUAUUGGAAUGUCUUCAUUUUGAUUAUAUAUAUUGUGGUUUUUAAGGCUGAGGUCUUCUGUGCACCGCCCUGAGACCUCUGGGUAUAGGACGGUAUAUAAAUUCAAAAAAGAAUAAGAAUAAAUACGGUAAUAGUAGUAAUGAAAAGCACUGGAGGGCCACAAUUGGGCCUGAGGUUCCCUACACCUUGCUGUGGGGAUGCUCAAAGCACUGACAUGGGCAGACAUGGGCUCAGAGUUGUACCAGCUGAGAAUCUCUCUCUCUGCCCUCUGCUUAAUGCUUUUCUGCAGCCUGGGAGAUUAUCCGCCUCUUCUAAGUAUAAGGAUAUGAUUCUUAAUACCCUCUCCGGCAGCCGGGGACCUGAUGUUUGGAUUUUAGAAGUGUAAGAGAGAUGUAUGAUCCCUCAGGAACGUGGGUUGGGACUUUUCCUGGGGGCCGGGGCAGAGAUUCUCCCACAGCUGAAGAAGAGGCCUUCUUCCUGGGGUUAGGGACUUUAACCCAAUUGUGAGUUUCUAUUUCAUUUCUACCCUAUUAAGAAUGUAGGGCCCAUCUAGGUCCGUACAGUGGCAUAGCAUGGGGCGGGGGUGCACUGGGGCGGUUGCCCCAGGUGCAAAAUAGGGGCACAAAAUUUCAACACCCGGUGCUGCCUCAAUAUUGUUGUUGUUGUUUAGUCGUUUAGUCGUGUCCGACUCUUCGUGACCCCACGGACCAGAGCACGCCAGGCACCCCUGUCCUCCACUGCCUCCCGCAGUUUGGCCAAAUUGCCUCAAUAUACUCGGUGCAAACCAGGAAGUGACCUUUCCAGACAAUGGAACGACUCUUCUUUUCUUAUCUCUGUGGCUGCAAUCUCCUGGUUGAUGCGGACGGACACCAUUAGGCAGUUGAAUCAUAGCUGUCAACUUUUCCCUUUUCUUGCAAAGAAUCCUAUUCGGAAUAAGGGAAUUUCCCUUAAAAAAAGGGAAACGUUGACAGCUAUGAGUUGAAUGCACAUGCUUAUUCUGUCUGUCCCCAUCCCCCAGUGCAGCCACAGGCCCUGGCAACCAAAGCUACACCACUGGUCCAGAAUCCUGCUUUGCUGAUGGAAGGCCCCUAGGCAGGGCACUUAAAGCAUCCUCAAUUGUUUCUCUCCAGCAUCUCUCCAGUUCAGGGGUAGACUGCCUUAGGAGAUGGCGGCUCUGUUUUGAAUUAUCCUGGCUGUUGGCAUAAGAAGAGCUGCUGGACCAGCUAGCCUAGCAUCCUGUUCUUACAGUGGCCGCCCAGGUGUCCCAAUGGGAAGGCUGCAAACAGGAUCCGAGCCCAAGAACGACUCUCCUGCGGUUCCCAGCAACUGGUAUUAACCCACUGCGGCCAGUAGCCAUAGACAGCCCUCUGCAUGAGUUUGCCUUGUCCUCUUUCAAAGUUGGUGGCUGCCAUGGCAGUUUCAUCAGCUAUCAACCCGAAGAAACACUGCAAAACUUGGAGUUUGUAGUUUGGGGUUCGUAGUUAAUGAUCUCUCAUCACAGCCUCUUCCUGGAGCAAGCUUUCGUCCAUCCUUUUCUCAGUCCUCCCUUUCCUCAGUCCUGAAUCUAGGAAGUUCGCAAGCGGGACCUGACUGGAGAGGAGAAUGAAGAAUCAUAGAAGGAACCCAAGGGUCAUCUAGUCCAACCCCAAAUGCUGUGAUCACACACACCAGGCCUUCCAAAGCUGAAGCUUGUUAUUCCUCCCACCAAAUGGCCAUUAUUAUUAUUAUUAUUAUUAUUAGCCCAUCUUCCGUAGAUUUCAGGGAUGGGGCUGAUGGGAGUUGGAAUCCCAACAAUCUCUGCUGGACACCAGGCUCCCCAUCCCCGUCCGAGGCAUCCUCCCUCUGAGGAUGGAGAUUCCAGUCUGCCGCACAGCUACCUUUGCGAGGAUGCACAGGGCUGGGAUCCCAGCUGCCCGCCGCCACUGAGCAUCCUGGACGCCGUUCUCCAGAUGUUCUCUUGUAAUCCUGGCCUCGCCCCAGCUACUUUCCUCUUUUUGCCAAAUAGGGCAACUCGAGAUUAUUUGGGGAAGGAGGGGUCUUAUGUAACUACAGUUACAUGGGAAUGUGUGGGUGGGGCUUUCUUAAAGCCUGUUGCGGAAUUAGGAUCGCUGCUGUUCACACACACACACACACACACACACACACACACACACAAACCUGCUCUGGUUUGGGGCUACGAGAAAUCCUGGGAUGUCAGAGGCCAAGGAUCUCAAGUACAAACUAAUUUCCAGAGUCUGCACACCUGAGUUAACUGUUUUCUUCAGUCUUCACCUAUACUAGCAGAAACCUUUCGUGUUCUGUGUCAAUUGAUCCAGAUUAUCUCUCGCAUCCUGGCCCUGUGGACCCAAUAUUCUCUGCCCGCUAGAGCAGGUUCAGUAUCAUACAGGGUUGUGGCCAGCUAAGUUUUACUCAGAGUAGAACCACUGACUUUACUGAGCGCCACUAACUUAGGUCUAUUAUUCUCAGUAGGUCCGCUCUGCCCAUUCCCAACGAUCAUCACCAUCUUUUAUUAUCCUGGGGAUAGCUCAGUUGGUGGUGCACAAGACUCUUAAUCUCAGGGUUGUGGGUUUGAGCCCCAGGUUAGGCAAAAGAUUCCUGCAUUGCAGGGGGUGGGACUAGAUGACCCUUGUAAAGGUAAAGGGACCUUUAGGUCCAGUCAUGGCCGACUCUGAGGUUGCGGCGCUCAUCUCGCUUUAUUGGCCGAGGGAGCUGGCGUACAGCUUCCGGGUCAUGUGGCCAGCAGGACUAAGCCGCUUCUGGCGAACCAGAGCAGCGCACGGAAACGCCGUUUACCUUACCUGGAGCGGUACCUAUUUAUCUACUUGCACUUUGACGUGCUUUCGAACUGCUAGGUUGGCAGGAGCAGGGACCGAGCAACGGGAGCUCACCUCAUUGCAGGGAUUCAAACCACUGACCUUCUGAUUGGCAAGCCCCAGGCUCUGUGGUUUAACCCACAUCGCCACCUGCGUCCCGAUGACCCUUGUGGUCCCUUCCAAUUUUACAAUUCUAAUAUUUAUUAAUUGCAUUUAUAUACCAUCUCCCCCACCUCCAAGGAGCUCAAGGUGGCAUAUGUUGUUCUCCCCUUCCACAUUUUAUCUCCACAGCAACCCUGUGAGAUAGGCUAGGCUGAGAAGCACUGACUAGCUCAAAGUCAGCUAGGUAGCUUCAUGGCUGAGCGGGGAUUUGAACCCUGGUCUCCCAGGUCUAACACUAACCACUACACCACACUGCUUCUGAAUAAUAUAAAUUUGUUCAUUAAUAACAAAUACCAAACCUGCUGCCCAGAUAGCUGCAGUUCAAUGUUGUAAUUUU